GGCGCGGCUCCAGCGCCAGACGGGGCGGGAGGCUCCGGCGGGCAGCAGCGGAGGGCUGCGCGCUGCCCCGAGGGCGGCGGCCCUGCCGUAGCCCAGGCGGCCGGAGGAAGAGGAGGAGGAAGGGCGUGGGCUCCGGCGGGCUCGCUCCGGUAUGGCCCUGGCGGACAGCGCCCGCGGGCUGCCCAACGGCGGCGGCGUGUCGCCCGCGGCGGGGAGCGGGGCGCCGGGCAGCGGGGCGGCCGCAGCGGCGACGGGCGGCUGGUCUUCCUUCCCGGAGAUCGUGGAGCUGAACGUGGGCGGGCAGGUGUACGUGACGCGGCGCUGCACCGUGGUCUCGGUGCGCGACUCGCUGCUCUGGCGCAUGUUCUCGCAGCAGCAGCCCAGCGAGCUGCCCCGGGACAGCAAGGGUCGCUUCUUCCUCGACCGCGACGGCUUCCUCUUCCGCUACAUCCUGGACUACCUGCGGGACCUGCAGCUGGUGCUGCCCGAACACUUCCCCGAGCGCAGCCGCCUCCAGCGGGAGGCUGAGUACUUCCAGCUGCCCGACCUGGCUCGGCGCCUGGCGCAGACUCGGGCGGCCGCCGCCCGCCCCGCCGUCCUGCACCGAGACGGCUCCGUCUGCGCCGAGGAGCCGCCGCCGCCGCUCCUCGGCUACCUGGAGGCCGAGCCGCUGGAAGGAGGCGGCGGGGCCGUGGCGUCCGCCCCGUCGCCCACCGCCAGCCGCAGCCCCUCGGGCGGGCCGCUGCUCACGCCCUCGCAGUCGCUGGACGGGGCGGGCGGGCGGCGCUCGGGAUACAUCACCAUCGGCUACCGGGGCUCCUACACCAUCGGGCGGGAGGCGCAGGCUGAUGCCAAAUUCCGGCGGGUGGCCCGCAUCACUGUCUGCGGCAAGACGGCCCUGGCCAAAGAGGUCUUCGGGGAGACCUUGAACGAGAGCCGCGACCCCGACCGCCCUCCCGAGCGCUACACUGCCCGCUACUACCUCAAGUUCAACUUCCUCGAGCAAGCCUUCGACCGACUCUCCGAGGCCGGCUUCCGCAUGGCCGCCUGCUCCUCCACCGGCACCUGCGCCUUCGCUCCCGAGCAGGGCGGUCCCGCCGAUGACAAGAUCUGGACCAGCUACACCGAGUACGUUUUCUGCCGGGACUGAGCAUCCGCCCAGCCCGUGGCGUGGGGACAAGACAGCCGGCCCUGCACACCCUCGCACCUACGGUCCCCUCGCAUCCCGAAGGAAGGAGGAUGUGAAGCGGGGCUGUGUCUCGCUGUGCUUUUCUCACCCCGAUAUCUGCCUCCACGCACAAGGCGGGCCAGCCCCGGCGCAGCCCCCACCCCUCCCUCAGCACCUCCUGACGGCCCCGGGGCAGGAGGACGCUGUGUUGUGCCUCGGCUGUCGUGUCCCUGCUUGGCCGUAUCCUGGCUCCCACCUUCACCCUCCCUCCUGCAUCUCCCAGUAGCUGUGUUGGUAGCAAGGAAGGAGAGAAAUAUUGGGAGUAGACAAAUGCCGGUCCCACAAAAGCAUGCAUGUGCACCCAGUCCUUGUCCUUCUCCCCACACAGAGCUGAGGUAUAGCUCUGGCAGGGUGGGGCAUUUUAAAAAUCAUCCAGGCAGGGGCUGAGAAACUUUAAAGUUGCUUUGAGCAACUUCUGUUGAAGAUGGCAUGACAAAUGCCUUUCUUUUCCCAUCUCAAUACCCUUAUGAGGGAGUUUGCCUUGGUGGGCAGACCCCAAAUGGUCCAUUUUCAACUCCUCCCUUCCCCACCCAUCAAAGUGAUGCCUGUGAGUGAAGGGCUGUCACAUAGAAAGGAAGCCUGACUGUGAGGGGUUUGCGCUGGCUCAUACUUCAUCUGUUGAGAUGAGUAAUUUUGCGGGAGGUGUGCAUGUGGCCCUUCACAACUGGUUGCUCCCAUCUUCCCUCUUUGUUCCCCAUGUCUCUGAACUCCUCUCUGUUAAGCUGGACCAGGUCCUGCACAGCAAGCAUGUAAGGCUGAUGUGAAAGGACAGAUUUGCUGGAUAACCAACCAUUUGAACUAUGGAGUGUCCUCAGAGACAUGGGUUUAUUCCCUUGAGAGGUAAAACAAAGACACUUUGAAAAAUUAAAGUGCUCAUGCAUUGUAACUUCCGUGGGUGGUCUGAAGUCCUUAUAAUUGAAGUUACUGUCUGUAAUAUGGACAGAAAUCUCAAUGUUUAUUUCCUUAAACACCCUCAAAACGAUGGGAGUGAGGUGAAGCCAGGCUUGCCUGAGUAAAGAUAGGGCCUGGGUCCUGGGAAGCUGAAACCAUGUACAUUGAAUGAGUGCAAGAUGUACAUUAUAACUGUCAUCCUGAGCACCCUUGUUACUUUUUGUCAUGCUAGUGCAGUAAAACUCUGAAGCCAGCAGAUGACAAGAAUCACUUUUUAAAGAGCCAUUUCCUUAGUUUUCAUAGCAGUAUUAUUUGGGCACUGACACUGUACCUCUUCUUAGACAAACUUAGUGCUUCUUGGAAAGGAUUGAGCCCUGUCCUCAGAAAAACAAGGAAGAUGCCAACUUUCUUCAGGGGAAAUUACUUCUGAGCUGUAUUUUGUUACUGCUGGGUAACAGUCUUUCCCAGAGGAGGCAGUCAGAGUCUGCAUUGGAACAGAUGAUCUGAACCGCAGGUUUUACAGAGAUUCAGCAGCUCUUUCUAACAAAUUCUUGAAGUCUGGAGUAUAAAAGCACUUCCCUUUAAAAACCUAAACUUGAUUUAAGAACGUGUGUAGCCUGUUCAGACUGUCACAGAAAAAUAUCCUAAAUAUAUGUGAAGUGUUGAAGAACUUAGCAGUACAUAUUAAAGGCUUGAAGUUAUGUUUUUAAAACUCUUGAACAAUAAUUCCAGUUCUAGCUAGUUCUAGUUCUAACUCCAAAUUUAGAGAUACUGCUAGCACCUGUAUUCUAACCAAAGAAUUUCACAGUAGGGCUUUUUUAAAAAACCCUAAUUCCUUUGGAAACAGCUAUAGCUACAUUUCUAUCAAGUUUCAGUGCUCAGUCUCUGUUUACUUGGUCUUUCAUUAAGUGCAUGCACAACUACAUAAAACUGAAAAUAAUUUGCAUCACCAUGGCUUCUUUUUUCUAAUAUUAGCAAGGUUGUUUAUCAACAUGAUUGAAUUGAAGAUGUGCGUAUGAAAGCACUGGAUACUGUCCAUUUGUAGAUAGUUGUAUUAUGGAGUAUUUUUAAAAGGAUAGAAAUGUAAACCUGCCAAAUUAGAUGAGCAAUAAGAUACAGUGAGAGGCCAAUACACCUGAGGAUGGAAUGAAGUCUGUUUGUCCUAUGCCUUACUCUGAGAUGACUUCUUUGUGCUUAACUUUUGCCACAAGUGAAAAGACAUUGAUCACAGCUACUAGGUCUUUACAGUGCCCUUCUUAAGAGUAAUGACCGUCUUUUUCUAGCUUCUGUUAAGUAACUCUGAAGUAUGUUUUUUAAGAUUUUGUAUAAAAUCAGUUUUCAGUAAAGUGUUCAAAUUUGCUCUAGAUAGCUUUCUUUUUUUAAGAAUCUGGUAGCUUACUAAAUCCAUCAUAGGAGCUAUGAAUAGGGGCAGUUUUAAAUUGACCUUGUGAUUUAGUGUACAUAUAUAUACAGUAUAUAAACGUUUUACACGAAUCAUUUAGUUUUUUUAAUAAUUUUAGUGCUACAGGAUUUCAUAAUGUAUCUAGCUGAGCAUUUUCACAUUAUGUUAUGUACAUAACAUGGUAAUGUUUUACUGGUUACUUAUACCUGUUUCAAUGGAAAAAACUGAAUAUGAGUAUCAUCAGCUUGUAGAACUGAAAUUGAUGACAUAUUUGCUUGAAUGUGAAUUUCUAGGUGGCUGAAUGCAUCUCUAAAACAAAGAUUGCCUGUCUUUUGAUUAAUGGUUGCCUAUCCCUUUCCUGGCUGAUGACCCAGUAAUUCUCACUUUUUACGUAAAAAUGGAUGUAAUAUAAACAGGAUUUUUUUUUAGUCUUUGUGCUAAAAAAUUUAAGUGUUACUAGUGUUAAGAAAUGGGCCUUUAAUUUACUGAUAACUCAGUAUCAUCAGCAGGAUUAAACUGAUGGUGCCCUAAAUGUAAUAGUCAUUUGAUGCCUGGCCACAGAAGAUGAUACUGUUGUGAACCAUUACUUAGUAAUGGCAGUAAACUUUUUAAAAGGAAAAAUGGUCAAGGCAAAGUCAAUGAGUUAUACUUGUCUGUUCUAUUGAGAGCUUGAAGAAUGGAUAAACACGACGAAUCUGCUGACUUGUUGACAUGAAAACAUACAAAAAUAUAAAGGCACAAUACUGGAGUCCUGUCUACAUUUUGUAGUUGUUGCUGUUCACUGUUCACGUACUUAUGGAUGAAUGCAGUAACAUUUACAAGUGCUAUUAAAAAUCCACAAGGGCAGUCUUUCUUUUAAUUAGAAGUUAAGGCAUAGGUCUUUUUAGUGAUGCAUAUCAUGAAGGGUGAUUUUGCAUAUGUUUGAUAGGAUGUUUAUAUUUUUAUACAUGUAGAUAAUGAGCCACUUAUUCAUUCUUAUUUUCACAUGUAUAGCAUUGGAAAUAAAGAUCCUCCUGGGACAAAGUUGCAUACCAAAUUAAAUUUUUGUUCUUUAAAUAUUAA